CAACCUAUAUUUCAACAUAUCGGCGAAAGAAGACCGGGCACCUGUAUUUACGACAAUCAUAGAUGGGUGCAGUCCAUGCUUGACAAGAAAUAGAAAAUGGCUGAAGCAAUGAGAGCCUCGGUAGCCCAGCUUUUAAAGGGUAUAGAUAGAUACAACCCAGAGAAUUUAGCCACACUAGAAAGAUAUGUAGAAAUGCAAGUGAAAGAAAACACAUAUGAUCUGGAAGCUAGCUUGGCUGUCUUAAAAUUGUACCAGUUUAAUCCUACGUAUUUCCAGACACAGAUUACAUCACUUAUAUUAUUAAAAGCUUUAACUAAUUUACCACAUACAGAUUUUAUACUGUGUAAAUGUUUAAUAGACACAGCUAGACUUGAAGAAGAGCAACUUAAAGGAGUUAUAAAAAUAGCAGAUAUGUUGGAAAUGUGUCAAUUUAAAGAUUUUUGGGAUUAUGUAAAAGAAGAAGAGGAUUUAAUAUCAGGUGUUUUAGGAUUUGAAGAUUCAAUAAGAAAAUUUAUAUGUCAUGUUGUAUCAGCUACGUUUCAAACUGUAGAGAAAUCAUAUUUACAGGAAGUACUCGGUGGUAUAAAUGAUUUACAAAUUAACCAAUGGAUAUCUAAAUAUGGCUGGUCAGUACAGGCUAAUGGUGUUGUAUUUGUGAACGCCCAAGAUGACAAUAUUAAAACUAAAAAUAUUCGGGAAAAAAUCACGUUUGACAGUGUUGCUGCUAUUAUGGCUACAUCAAGAUAAAUAAACCAACUCCAUUAACCAUGUCUUUAAUCUUAAUAAAUACACAAAAAAAAACUCAAUAUUCAAA